UAGUGAGGAGCCCAUGCUCUAUGAAAUCUUCAUCGAGAAGUUUGCCGUACGUUCUCGAGAGCCACCGCCUUAGGUUUUCCAGAAGAAGAGAAGGAAAUCGUACGCGGUAUUCGGCCCCGCGGUGAUGACUACCUAAUGGAGGUUGCCAAAGCAGACGAGCUUGCAAACCGGAAAGUCCACUGGUAUGGCCGUACAUCGCGGCUACGGAGCGGUGUAAUCUCAUCUAGGAUGCAUCAAGUCUGGUUCUACGGCCGUGAAACUUUCGCUGCCCUUUGGAGUGUUAGUGGCGGAGCAAAAGGAGGUGACACAGGCGCUUGGGUCAUCGAUGACCGUAGUCGUGUUUGUAGCUACCUCAUCGCAACUAAUAUGGCUAAGCGGAUUGCUUACAUAUGCCCAAUGGAGGGGAUUAUGGAGGACAUCAAACAGACACUCGGUGCGGAAUCAGUGUGUCUCCCUGGAUCGUCCGAGGCCAAAGAGUACCACGACCUCAUUGAUAGCGAGCUAGACAAUGACGAUAGUUUGAGCCUCGAGGAAAUGACCGCCAAGGACCUGAUCCAGCCAACUUCCUCGUCGAAAUCGCAGCGAAACUCGCAGCGUGCCUUGGCCCUAUCCAAACGGGUUUCAGCACGGAUGAGGGUGGUAAAGCGCACUGUUUCGCUAAUUCCAAAGUUCACUCUUGGAGACGAGGUGCGGCUCAGACUAAUCAACGGCCCUACGAUGAAGGUCGUCAUCACUAACCGCAGGCUGAGCCCCAAGCCUUCAUGGCAAUACACCGUGAAGGAGAGUUCGACCGGAGAUGAUAGCAACCAAGACAACCUUGGGGAGUAUGGGGAAUGGAUCGAUGAAGCUCGCCUCAGUUCGCGAUGACGAAAAGAAAAGAAAGCGAAUGAUCAAUUAAACGAGCUUUUGUGUACCGUGACUGUUAAAUCAGAGCAAGUACGUUACUCACUCAAUAACACCGCGAGCGCUCUGGAGUCCCUAGGGUAUAGAGGCUCCACUUGGAACAGUCACUCCGGGUUUCGAUAUCGGCAACGAUUAUGUCAAUAACGAAACCAUAGAAUAGGUAAUAAGA